AUGAGCAGGGAGCCAAGUGAUGGUGAGCAGCAGCAGCAGCAGCAGCAGCAGCAGCAGCAGCAGCAGCAGCAGCAGCAGCAGCAGCAGCAGCAGCAGCAGCAGCAGCAGCAGCAGCAGCAGCAGCAGCAGCAGCAGCAGCAGCAGCAGCAGCAGCAGCAGCAGCAGCAGCAGCAGCAGCAGCAGCAGCAGCAGCAGCAGCAGCAGCAGCAGCAGCAGCAGCAGCAGCAGCAGCAGCAGCAGCAGCAGCAGCAGCAGCAGCAGCAGCAGCAGCAGCAGCAGCAGCAGCAGCAGCAGCAGCAGCAGCAGCAGCAGCAGCAGCAGCAGCAGCAGCAGCAGCAGCAGCAGCAGCAGCAGCAGCAGCAGCAGCAGCAGCAGCAGCAGCAGCAGCAGCAGCAGCAGCAGCAGCAGCAGCAGCAGCAGCAGCAGCAGCAGCAGCAGCAGCAGCAGCAGCAGCAGCAGCAGCAGCAGCAGCAGCAGCAGCAGCAGCAGCAGCAGCAGCAGCAGCAGCAGCAGCAGCAGCAGCAGCAGCAGCAGCAGCAGCAGCAGCAGCAGCAGCAGCAGCAGCAGCAGCAGCAGCAGCAGCAGCAGCAGCAGCAGCAGCAGCAGCAGCAGCAGCAGCAGCAGCAGCAGCAGCAGCAGCAGCAGCAGCAGCAGCAGCAGCAGCAGCAGCAGCAGCAGCAGCAGCAGCAGCAGCAGCAGCAGCAGCAGCAGCAGCAGCAGCAGCAGCAGCAGCAGCAGCAGCAGCAGCAGCAGCAGCAGCAGCAGCAGCAGCAGCAGCAGCAGCAGCAGCAGCAGCAGCAGCAGCAGCAGCAGCAGCAGCAGCAGCAGCAGCAGCAGCAGCAGCAGCAGCAGCAGCAGCAGCAGCAGCAGCAGCAGCAGCAGCAGCAGCAGCAGCAGCAGCAGCAGCAGCAGCAGCAGCAGCAGCAGCAGCAGCAGCAGCAGCAGCAGCAGCAGCAGCAGCAGCAGCAGCAGCAGCAGCAGCAGCAGCAGCAGCAGCAGCAGCAGCAGCAGCAGCAGCAGCAGCAGCAGCAGCAGCAGCAGCAGCAGCAGCAGCAGCAGCAGCAGCAGCAGCAGCAGCAGCAGCAGCAGCAGCAGCAGCAGCAGCAGCAGCAGCAGCAGCAGCAGCAGCAGCAGCAGCAGCAGCAGCAGCAGCAGCAGCAGCAGCAGCAGCAGCAGCAGCAGCAGCAGCAGCAGCAGCAGCAGCAGCAGCAGCAGCAGCAGCAGCAGCAGCAGCAGCAGCAGCAGCAGCAGCAGCAGCAGCAGCAGCAGCAGCAGCAGCAGCAGCAGCAGCAGCAGCAGCAGCAGCAGCAGCAGCAGCAGCAGCAGCAGCAGCAGCAGCAGCAGCAGCAGCAGCAGCAGCAGCAGCAGCAGCAGCAGCAGCAGCAGCAGCAGCAGCAGCAGCAGCAGCAGCAGCAGCAGCAGCAGCAGCAGCAGCAGCAGCAGCAGCAGCAGCAGCAGCAGCAGCAGCAGCAGCAGCAGCAGCAGCAGCAGCAGCAGCAGCAGCAGCAGCAGCAGCAGCAGCAGCAGCAGCAGCAGCAGCAGCAGCAGCAGCAGCAGCAGCAGCAGCAGCAGCAGCAGCAGCAGCAGCAGCAGCAGCAGCAGCAGCAGCAGCAGCAGCAGCAGCAGCAGCAGCAG